UUGCAAAGCUCGGCUUGGCCUUUGAGUUGGAUAAAUUCUGCUCUUUUUAUUGAAAGUAUAUGCCAAAUCAGAUUUUUUUUUCAUUUAUUUCUCGAAUCUUUGAAUCGAAUUCCUCUGCAUAUUUUUAUACUUGCUACUGGCCAGUUUUCAAGUGUAUAACUUAAUUUUAGAUUUAGGACUUGGCUGCUUAAUCAAAAGUUAACCACGUGACUGUUUAUUGAGUAAAUGAAUCGAGUACGUUUUUAUUGUUGGUAAGUUCACACGGCCAAUUUCGGUCUGAAAUUAAGAUGCCGGUUUUUGCUUUGUCAUGAUUAAUCAUGAGUUUUAUUAAAAUUCUUUUAUUUGGCCUUGUCUUUUACAAGAAGGGUUUUACGAACGAGGAUUACAUUUAGCUUAAUCCAAUAUUAAGACGGUUUUUUGAAGAUUUGGACUAAGUUAAAACAUCCCCCAAAGCCGUUUAAGGGGAUCUUAGCUUGGUUCUGAACUCCAAUUUUCAGCCAAUCAGAAUAGAACACUUUACAAGCAGCGCUUAGAAAAUUUGAUUUCAAUUGAACGCUGGGGUAGAAGAUCGUCUAUUUGGGAGGAGGAUGUUAGCUUGAUCCGAAGAUUGUUGUAGAAUCAUUUUCAGUAUAAAAUUUCAGACGAAAUAGCGAAAUUUAUCGUACGACGAAAAAAUGAUGAAUAUAAAGAAUAAAUAUGAUUAUUUAUUAUGAUAAAUAUAGUCCAACUUUGAUCAGUUAUUUGUCUAAGAAAGGCAAUAAAAAACCUUAUUUCGAAUUUUGAUAGUAUAACUCUUUUUUUGGAAAUAUAUCGUCUUGUGUAUAGUUGUCUCUUUGCUUUGUAUAUCGCAUAUUUUGCCCCUCUUCUGCAGAGUUAAAAGAAGAAGAAAAUGGAGCUUGUUUUGUUCAAUCUGAGAUGGAUCGAAGUCGCGUGAAUAGAUUGAAAUUGAAGGGAAGGAAGGGACGUAAUUUUGGCAAAACUGUACUAACUAAAGGCGUCAAUACAUUCCACUCGCAAUGUUGCGGUGGCGGCGGAGAAAUGCAAUCAGAAUGGCCUCUUUAAUCCAUCUUUUUGCGUCAGUCAACCCCAACACAACCCAACCGCAGUUUGUAUUUUUAUUCCCUAAUUCAACCCACUUUAAAGACUGGAGAAUUAAUCACAAGUCAGAAGUAAAGUAGAGUUAGAUAGAUUGAAUUCAUCGCAUGUGAGAGGAGGCAGGAAGCUUGUUUAAUUGAUAAUAUUUCCCUUUUUUACUUGUCCCUGAUUCCCAUCUUCCAUUCCACUUGUAAUUUGAGCAGGCAAAGCUAUCUUAGAACCACUUUUAGACAAAUCAAACACAAAUUUAAGCUCAAUUUUUUCCCAUAUAAUUUUUCAAAUGCAUUUGUUUUCGAGCACAUUUAGCUCAAUGGUGCUUAAAUGCUAUUUUUUAACAGAAAUAUAUUUGAAAUUUAAACGACAUUGAAUGUUUGAUUGAUUUUACUUGAAGGAUUUUUUCAGAUAGUUUUUGGUUUGGUUGCCGUUACAUGUUCCAUUUGUUAUGCAUCAUUCUGUUUCUUGUUCUUCAGUAUACGAAAUAUAACCGCAAUUCUUCAACUCAACGCAAUUCAAUGUCAAACUAUUGUGGCCAAUUGAAAGCAAUUAGUCUCAAAUUUCAAAUUACAAAUACUAUAGCUCGCAACUCGAGUUCAUCUGUGUGACUGCAAUUCGGAAAAAGACGACUCGGUUCGGAGACGAUUGAAAAGUUUUCAAUGAAUCGCAGUAUGCUCUUACUUGCUCAUCGAAAAGCGACCUUCCCGCAAGUUUACUAUCAAAAAGAGUUCACAACUAUCAUAAAUUGGAAAACUUGAUCUUGAAAAUCGCGAUCCUUUAUAAAUCGGACCAGAUAUACGAGAUGUCGUUUUGUAAUGUUGACAGAAUAAAUAGUAGCUUAUAGUUACUUCAACCGCUCGGAAAAUUCUACCCUGUUUCUUUUAAAUCGGUUAUUCAGACCAAUACUGUUAUUCUAGAAGUAUUGUUUGAUUCUCAUCCGAUCUCAUUUUAGUCAGACGUUUGAGCCAAUCUGCAAAGAUACUGAGUGCACGACUAUCUAUACAUUCAUGAUCGUCACUCGGUGUGUCCAUUAUUAGUUAGCAGUCAUUAUAUUCUCUAAACUAUUAAGAAUACCUGAAUGGAUUUAGUGUUAGUCAAAUGGCCUCUCAAUUGAUUGAUCGAAACUGUUUGAAAUUUCAUGAUAUCAGUGUCACAAUAUCUUCAUAGAGCGACCCCAUUUAAGAGAUAAUCAUUUUUGUUCAGCGACAGUUGUUACCUCUGCUGUCUUGAAUGAGUGGGCAAAUAGUUCACAAAGUUAAAUUAUCUUUUGUUAGAAGUUAACGACCGCCGCAGCGAUUUAUUGGUGCCAAAAUUUUAAAGAAAUUUUCCUUAGUCAUUUUGCCUAAAUUGAGCAAAAAAAUUUGCCUAAAUUCUUACAAAGAAUUGAGCUAUACAUAAGUUUCUAACUGGGUUACUAUGAUUCCGGGUACUUCGAUGCACCCCCAUGUGGGCGGGGGAGGAGCUGCGAAUGGAGGCCAGGGUGGGGGUCAUUUGCCGAAUCAGUUGUCGGUAGUGACGACUGUUAACUACGGGACGCACCACCCGAGUCAAAUGGGUCCAAAUCAUAACAUGGAUCAUUCGGCCCAGUCUCAGCUAAUGCAGAAUUAUUACAAUGGCAGUCAAUACUUGGCAUCUAAACCUGGAGCAGGCUACAUGCAACAAGGACAUCAAGCAGGACCCAAUGGAAAUGCCACAGCUCCGGGGAUGAAUACAGGUGCUACAUUCCAAUCAACUGGUGGAUCCCCCAUCCAGCAGAUGAAAAUGGCGGCGAACAGUGCCGGACCCCCUCCGAACAUGACAGUAGGCAUGAAUGGAAACAUCGGAGGAGGUCCCCCUAUAAACACGGGGGCUAUGGGAGGAGGAGUGCCAAUGCAACACAUGCAAGCAGUAGCCUCAAACCCACACCACGCAGCCAAUCAGCAGUACUUACAGAGCCGAAUGGGCGAUUCAAGAGCGAGUUUGAUGUAUCAGCAAGGAAACCAUCCCGCAGCAGCUUCAGGGGUAGCGCCCGGUCAUUUCGCGCACCACGCGGGUGCACCGGGGGUUGGCGUCUCUGGGACGACGCCGAGUGCGGGAGGAGGGCAUUAUAAUAGUAUGAUGAUGAUGGGAGGGGGCCCAACUCAAGGUCAUCAGGGGACGUCUCAGCAUACAGGAAAUGAUUUUUCAGGGCAAGGUUUCAACCAAACUCAAGGAGACUUCAUGAUGUCAUCCAACGAAUACAUGGCUUCAAAUGGUACACAGCAGCAAAGUGCAUCACAGCAAUAUGCAAUGUCAGCAAACUCAGCAUCACAUCACAAUCAAGCUAACUCCAUGCACCCCGGACACCACUCAAAUUCUGGACAUUCUGCGAACCCCCUUCAUCAACAAAUGGGGGGACCACAGGGCAACGCUCAUGUGUCUGCUCUUCACCCUGGAGCUCAAGCGCAUCAUCCGGGGGUUCAUCAAACGGGUUCGGGUCAGCUACAAAAUAUGGCCGCAGCAGUAGCAGCUGCAACAGCUACCGCUACAGCCACGGCGACCGCCACUGCAGCACUGCACGAGAACCAAGAGAUGUUCGGAGGUCCUGGACCCGAUAUGACACCACACUACAACGGAUACGGUUACACGACAAACAGCAACCAUUCGGGUCAACAUUCGGGACCCAUGACUGGCGGCUAUUAUGGCUCGAAUGCGGUGGCAUCCGGAGGCAUCAUGAACCCCCCUGUAUCGUCGGUAAUGAUGAACGGACCCCCGCAUCAUAUAAGGAUGCCGCAUCCCCACGCGCAACAUCCGGCAAUGAGAGGCGCCACACCGCAUCAGUACAUGAAUGGAAUGGGAAUGUCGAUGGGUGCGGGCGGGAGCUACAUGAUGGCAGGACCCCCGAAGACAUUUUCCAACAUGCAGCAGCAGUCUAUGUUCAAGAUAUCGAGUAACACUGGCUACCCUCCUAUGCAGCAACCCCUACCUGCUCCUAAUCAAAUGCCCCCCGGUGGAAUGAAGCAUGCUGCAAUGGCUGCCCAGUUCCAACAACAGCGUCAGUUAGCCCUUCAGAGACAGAACUCCGCAAACCAGCAACUCAUGCAUCCUGCAAUGACUCCUGCAGGCUGUCCGCCUACACCUAGUGCAGUCUAUUCAGGAAUGAGUCAUCAAGCCAAAGCGGCAGCCGCGGCCUCGAUGUUUCCAAACACAUCAAGCUACGUGGGUUCUUCUCACGGAUACACCGCCUCUCAAAUGAUGGCAGCUUCUCAAAGCCAAUCGGCUGCAAUGUUACAGCAGCAGCAACAACAACAAGUAGUAAACAUGCAACUUCAUCACCAUCACCAACAACAACAGCAAGCUAUCAGACCUCAAGCACAGUCGCCGCAUUUCUUAUCGGCCAAUCAUCAGAGUCCCAGCAACACUAGGACAUCUUUUAAUUACCCGAGCCAACAUAGUCCGGCAAUGGUAACGCCUGGUGGUUCCCAAAACAUAAGUUCACCAGCCAGUGUUACGGUCAUUGAGCCAAAUCAAUCUCCAGCCGCCGUUAAUUCCUCGGAUAUUAGCUGGCACCAUAACACCAACGGUAUCCCGCCUAAGCAUGAUGGAGCCUCGCUAAAGAAUCUAGAUCGAAUUGCGACGCCACCUAAAAACGAAGAGCUAAGACUGAUGUUUCCACAAGAGAAGCAAAUUCUAAUAGAACCAUUCCAAAUUGACCACGAAAAGGGAAGAAUCACACGCACGUUUUUCAUCAAUGAGACGAUGGGAAACAAAUUGAAAAACGUCCAAUCUGGAGCCUCGAUUGACAUUCUUUUGAAAGCGAACAGUAAGAAAGACGAGCACAAUGUGCAAAUACCGGAGUUUGCGACAAUAUUUCUGAACGGAACCCAGUUACAAGGCUGCAAUACAACCUCUCAAGGCAGUGGGAUCACGAAACCGUUCUUGCUUCCGAAAGGGCUGAUAGCGAUCGGCAAUAACGAUCUAACAAUCACUACCUCCCAAUGCUGCUGUUUGUUCUCGUUUGAGUUGAGAUACGUGCACAGGCCGACUGUAGCAGAGGCUCUCAAAACCCUCAUUGCAAAACGAAAGCUAGACUGCGAUAGAGCGAUAGAAAAAGUAAAGAGUAUGUUCCGAAAGAAACCCAAGUCGGAAAAGCGACAGCCGGGAGGAGCUGAUUUUUGCUCAUCAACCGGAGGCGUUGGAGGAGGGAACUCCUGGACGGACCAGAACCAGGAUGCGGACAGUAGUCCGGAGUGCUUGGACCAUUCGGUGCCUCUCACUUGUCCCAUUACGAGGCAGUUGAUAAGGUAUCCAGCCAGAGGUGCCCAGUGUGACCACAUCCAGUGUUUCGACCUGGAGAGCUACUUGAGGGCCAACUCGGACAGACUGACGUGGAAGUGUCCCAUCUGCAGACAGCCAGCACUCAUAGAACACGUCAUUGUGGACGAGUACCUGGAGAACAUCCUCAACCAAAUCAGAGACACCGACAUCCGAGAAGUGAGAAUAGACUGUAACGCAGACUGGAAACCAAUCGGAGGAGGAGGCGUGAAUGAAGAGCUCCUCAAACCGAACCCCUCAUCUAUUUCCAAUCCCACAACUGCUGCUUCUGUCAGCAAUGUAAAGACAGAGCCGGGAAACGCCCCUAGUCAAGGUCACCAGCAGAAUAACAUCAAGCAGGAGGUGAAAAAUGAACCCAAUGUGAAAGUGGAGACGGGCGGCGGCAGUUUUACGCCAUCCUUCUUUGGCACUGCAAGUGGACAGAAUGUUCCGACAAGCUAUGCAGAUAACAAAUACUUGAAUCCUCCGCCGAUCAAAGCAGUGUGUUCUGGGGCUGAAGUGGCAAGUUCAGUAGUGGACAGUCACUGGUCAGCGGACAUGGUGGCCAUACAUUCGGCCAUAAAUCCAGCUGCUACUGCUGCGGCCUCUCAACAGCAACAUUCGCAGAAUCAGCAGCUACUAUCGUCGGCAUCAGGAGUUGUGUCGUCAAUGACCUCAUCCAACUCAAGCAUGACCUCAGCCAGCUCAAAUGUCAAUACAUCACCCAUAAACCCUAGUCACCUUCUUCACACGUCUUAUGGUACGACUGCAACAGUAUCGAACGGCAACGACCACACACAACAUAACACAUCAUCUUCCUCAAACAAGCGAAAACAUCCCUCAAGUGAAGACUCAAUGAGCCAAAUUGAAACAACCGGAUCAAAACCAGCUUUAUCCAGUAUUAAUAUCCAAACCAACGACGACCUAUCUUCUUUGAAUCCUCCGGCUGCCAAAAUAGCAAACCUAACCAACGAUAAUAGUUUAACUAACGGUUCCUUAGAUUCCUCAGCUUUCGAUUCUUCGUUUGAUCCUAUGUCGUUUUUCGGCGACGACAACCUUCUUGGAGAUUCCUUUGGACCUACUGACGACAAUUCGGUGAAUACCAGUAAUAUAUUUGACUCACUCCUUGGAGGAACCGUAUCGUCGCUGGCUACUGAUCAGGACCAAACUGGAUCCCUGGGCCUAGGAGGAGGUCAAAAAGAAAACACUGACAUGGGAUUGGGAUCCGGGUCGAGACAAAAUCGAAACCAGUCAGAUGUGUUGGCAUCUUCCGGACAACAUAACCAAACAGCAGAUGGUUCUUCUGCCGAUGUGCAAGCACAGGGUGGUAAUCCUGUGGACGAUUUCGAACUGGACCAACUUUUGGAUCAGAACUCGAACACCGAUUUUACGUUUUAUGACGACUUCGGAGACAUCGAUUCCCUGGUGGCGGACUACCUGCCAGGCGGCGACCAAUCAAAUCUCUCCUCUCAUCAGACGCAUCAACAGUCACAUAAUAUAGAAAAUGCAUUCCCCAAAUCGUCCGCCGAUGUGUUGCAUGUUAAGGAAUCCUUGCUCCCCAACAAACUCGGCUCGGGCGAAGAUGGCGGAGCUGUAAGCGGGCUAGAAGACUCGGAUAACGAGACGAACCCGGCUACCAACGAGCCUCCCGAUGAUCUGCUCCAAAUCCUAAAUAUGUGAAGAAAGCAAAAAACAAACAUUACAAAAAAAAACAACUCUGUUAUCAUCUCUUAAUUUAAACCAAAUAAACAUCUCAUUUUAGGUGAAUAGUAUGUUCUUUCUCUGGUAAAAUAGAAAUAUGAAUCUUUUCUAGGUGGUAAACCAUAGUAGGGCUUAUUUUGAUGAUCUGAUAAUUUUAUUUUUGUCAAAUUUAUAGUCAUAAACUAUUUUGCUCAAUCAAGGCAGUAAGUUUUAUUAUUUUAUUUUCGUUAAUUUGCUAGUAGUUGUUCGAAUCAAAGUUAUUUAUUUUAAAGUGUAAAUAGCUUAUAGGUGCAAUUUUUUUUUGUAAUAAUUAGUUAUUUUGUUCUUCUUUUUAUUAUUGCAUCCGUAUGUUUCCAGCUGAAAGAUUUUCCAUCCGAAGUCAAACAAAAAGUAAUUCAUCUAGUUUUAUGAUUAUGACUCUGUAUAUAAUUAAUUUAAUUUAGGUUGAAUUUAUUUUUGGAAUUUUC